AUGGCCGGCGUUUUCCGCCACUGGUCUCGUCAAAACUACGUCUUCGGCAUCUCUGGACACAUCUCAGUCCGAGAUCCAGAAUAUCAUAAUGCGUUCUGGACGAACCCGCUCGGUGUUCACUUUGGUUUGCUCAGGGCAUCGGACAUGAUCUUGUUGAGUCUAGAAGGAGAAGUGCUACAUCCACCUAACCAUCGAGGACCAGGUUUUGAGACACUACCAGGACUGCAAGAGCAUAAGUCGAGUCAACGCGCGAAGACUCGGCCGGCAAACGCGGCUGGUUUUCUGAUCCAUGCCGCUGUUCAUAAGAGACGACCAGACGUUCAUGCUGCGUGUCAUUGCCAUACGCCGCAUGGGAGGGCCUAUAGUGCCUUUGCCAAGCCGCUGCCUAUGUCCUAUGGAGGGGUCGUCCUGGCUGAGGAGGAAGGUGAACUCAUUGCGGAUGCCCUUGGCCCUACGAAUAUGGGUCUGAUACUCCGCAACCAUGGUCUUCUUUGCUGUGGUGAGACAGUUGACCAGGCUGCCUGGCUGUUUGAUGUCAUGGAAGCCGGGUGUAGAGAUCAGCUGAUGAUCGAUGCUGCUGAAGCAACUGCUGAGAAGGAGGGAUACAGCUACAAGAGAGUGUUGAUUGCGGAUGAGGAAGCUGAAUACAAUCGUCAGAUGGAAGGUGGUUCUGAGAUUUGCUAUGCUGAAUUUCAGGCAUAUUACGAUUAUGAGUACGAGAUGUGUAAUGGUGACUUUACGAAGUGA